UUGGGUCACUAGAAGCGAAGACAAUCAUAAAACAUGCAUAGCAUAAGAGCCAUCGUACAAGCGAGGUUCGUUGAGGCAAUACGUCGAACAGUUGGUGGCAUUGAAAGCCAUGUCCAUUUCAGAUUCUUGUGCACCGAAUCAACACAACAAACCCAGGAUAACCUGUGCCGGAGAAUCGAGAAGCUCCCCAAAGGAGAACCGGUUGGAUCCGCUCUCCGUAGCUGGAUGCGAGAUGGCUUCCCCGUUCGCAGCAAUGACGUCUUUCACGCCAUUAACCGUCUCAGGAAGCUCAAGAUGAACAAACGCGCACUUGAGGUGAUGGAAUGGGUUAUUAGGGAGAGACCUUAUAGACCUAGGGAACUAGAUUACUCUUAUCUUGUUGAAUUUACAACUAAGCUUCAUGGAAUUUCACAUGGUGAGAAGCUCUUCACUCGUGUUCCGAGCGAGUUUCAGAACGAGUUGCUCUACAACAAUUUAGUCAUUGCUUGUCUUGAUAAAGGUGUCAUAAGGCUCUCACUUGAGUACAUGAAGAGAAUGAGGGAAUUGGGUUAUCCCAUCUCGCACUUGGUUUUCAACCGCCUUAUAAUCCUGCAUUCCUCGCCGAGUCUCAGGAAGAACAUGAUGCCCAAAUUGCUCACCCAGAUGAAGGCUGAUAAGGUCACCCCACAUGUGUCCACCUACAAUAUCUUGAUGAAAAUUGAGGCCAAUGAACAUAAUCUUGAGAAUUUGAUGAGGUUCUUCAGUCUUAUGAAGCUACGACAGGUUGAGCCGAAUGAGAUAUCUUACUGCAUUUUAGCUUAUGCGCAUGCGGUGGCUAGGUUGAACACUGCAGCUGAAACAUAUGUUGAAGCUGUGGAGAAGUCUAUGACAGGAAAUAAUUGGUCAACAUUGGAUGUCCUGCUUAUAUUAUACGGGUAUCUGGGGAACCGAAAGGAGCUCGAAAGAGUUUGGAGCAAUAUUCGAGAACUGCCCUUUGUUAGAACUAAAAGUUACAUGUUAGCCAUUGAAGCAUUCGGUAGGAUUGGACAUCUAGAACGGGCUGAAGAAAUUUGGUUAGAAAUGGAAUCAGCAAAAGGGUUGAAAUCUGUAGAGCAAUUCAAUUCAAUGAUGACUGUGUAUUGCAAACAUGGAGUCAUUGACAAAGCAGCUAGAUUGUACAAAAAUAUGAAGGCAAAUGGGUGCAAGGCGAAUGCCAUAACUUAUCGUCAGCUUGCACUAGGCUGCUUGAAAUCAGGUAUGGAAGAACAAGCUUUGAAGACAUUAGAAUUGGGCAAGCGUUUGCCUAUUAACAAGAGGGUCAGAAAUUCAACCCCAUGGUUGGAGACCACUCUUUCAAUUGUUGAGAUUUUUGCUGAGAAAGGUGAUGUUGAAAAUGUUGAGAAAUUGUUUGAAGAACUUCAUAAAUCUAAGUAUUGUAGGUAUACUUUUGUAUAUAAUACCUUGAUUAAGGCUUAUGCAAAAGCUAAGAUUUAUGAUCCAAAACUUUUGAGAAGGAUGAUUCUUGGAGGAGCUAGGCCAGAUGCUGAAACAUACAGUCUUUUGAAAAUUGCUGAUCAAUUUCGGACCUGAUUUUGAUUCUGUGUAUUAUUUUGUUGUCUUUAUGUUCACUAUAUCAAUUUCGUUAGCUUCUAUUCUAUCAAAAUCAAUUCUAAAAUUCAGAAGCUAUUCACAUAAGCUUCUUCCCAUAUUUGAUUAUGAUUUUAAAAUUAGUUGUAGAAGAGUUUCCAAAUAUGCACUACACACGUAUUGAUGCA